AUGAAGUAUCUGCAAAUGAGCAGAGAGCGUGAGGACAAACUACUGGCGAUCUACACCGGUUCCUUCGAUGAACUGACGCGUAUGUCCAUACAGCAUGCACCCACAACCUCAACAUACUGCACCGGGGUGACCCAGGCCAAAAAAAGCCCAGGAACCAGGUCACAGGACACCUCCAGUAGUAAUCUGAGUAUCAUCAAAGGUCCGGGCAGCACACGCACCAGUACGCCCAUCAGGGCAACGAGGUCGUCGCUGUGGGAUCGCGCGGAGUCUCGCGGCGACACACACCGACUGAGUGCCA